AUGUCGGCCAUGUGGAAUUGCGCCGAGCAGCGGGCGAGGAGAACGGCUGAGCAAGAGGGACCGUUGAAAGGGGACCGCACCGAAAAAGGGCCGCCAACGAGACGCGUCCAACUCGAGCGUCCGCGCGAGGCGAGCUCCGCGCGUCCGGCACGUCAAGCCGUUCAGCCGACCUUGACAAUCCGUGCUGCGAUUGGCUGCCAGCUGGCGGAUGACCUUGAAGUCUACCGAAUCACACGCCAGCCUCGUCUGGCGAACCGACUGGAUGAGGCCUUGACGCGGUGA